AUGUCUCCUGCAAUUGCAAAAGUCAAUAAAGUCUCCUACGCGCCUAAUGAGGAUGCUUUAGAUCAAAUUAUUGUUACGAACCCCCUACCGACAUUCUCAUCAACACCCAGUCCGGGACAGCCUGGUCACAUUACCUAUAUGAUAACAUUACUUUUCUGUCUCCUACUCUCAAUAUGGGCAUCAGUAACCCGCCUUUCUUCACUUUGCCAAACCCAUUCUCCUAGUCAAUUAACCAUGGCCCAUUACACCGUCAUUCUAACGUAUCUGCUUACUAGUGUAUACUGUAUCGGUAGCACUGUUCUCUACUUCGGAUACAGGAUUGUUGAUCCAGCAAACUGUCAUACGGCCAUCCAUCUCGGUCUCGCAUUUUAUAUCUUUCAGAAAUUUUUGGGGUACUUGUUCCUUGCUGAGCGGGCGCACUCAGUUGAAGCACACUCAUAA